AUGGCAUCCAGUGACUAUGAAAGUGACUCUUUCUCCAACAACACUGAACCCUCCCUGCCACAAAAGGGGACCAGUCUUCAGCUGGCUGAAAUUGAGAUUCUUGAGGCCAAGCUAGAGUCAUGGAAAAAUGCCAACCAAAACAAGAGGAGCUCCAUCAUGUUAACCCUCAGAAACAAGAUAAAGAACCUUGAUGCAAAUGUAAUGCUGAAAAUGCAUGAAUGGGUUCAGAAGAAGAAGGCAAUUCAGACUUGGUUGUACAUCCACAGCUGGAGCUGUAGUCAACAGGCUCUGAUCAAAUAUGGUGGUGGUUGGACACUGAGGAAGGUGGUCAUGCACCAUCAAAAGAAAUCAAUCAACAAAGUGUUGGAAGAAGCAGGGAUCAAGCAGGGAUCUGCAGAAAUGAUCAAGUCUUAUCAGAAGGCUGUCAACACUGUCAUGAAGUCCCUUACUGCUGAGGAGAUACAGGAGGCUAAGGCAUUGGCCACAGAAUGGAAUGAGCGGCAGCCACCUUGGGAUGUUCAGUCAGAAACCACAGAGAAGAAAGGCCAUAAAUAUGCUGAGGAAUUUGCUAAGGAAAUGUGGAAGCAUCAUGGUGCCAGGGUGGUAGUGAUGGCAGCAUGGGAAGAUGCUGAUGGAGAGAUUUUGACCAACUCAUCCAGACAUGAUUUCAAUGAUGAAUUGGGUAAUGGCAAAUUAUUUGAGGAGUUGGAUGAGUGCUGGGAUAAAUUCUUAAAGCAGAGAAAGAGCAAUGGGAAACCUAAAACCAUCCUGCCAGUUAGUGACAAUGGCACACCAUACAUCCUGAACAUAUUGGACAUGCAGGCACCAAAGUUGAAGGAUAUCAUGCAGACAUUUGUGACAUUUCACUAUCAUAUGGAAGGCCUGCAGGAAUUCACAGAGCAGCAUCCCAACAAUAUAUUUGGCUUCAAGAAGUGGAGAGAUGCUGGAGGGUCCCUCCAAAUGCCAGUGGCAGUGGCCAACAGCAGUGGAGUGAGGAUGGGUGUGAAGCAGGAUUUGGAUGGGAGCCCAGACCACUUGGCAGGCAAAAGGGCAAUGGAUAGAAUGAUGCAGGGUAGGAGGAAGAAAAAUGAUGGUACAGGCACAAGCAUGGUAGAUGAAGAUGCUGCCAAGGCAGUAGCAUUGCUGGAUGCCAAGUGGCUGAGGGUGACACCUGCCAGCCAAUUGGAACCACCACAUGCCUGGUGGCAGGUUGUGGGCAGCAACUCAAGCCCUGUGCAACCUAUGCCAGAAGGCCACCACACUGAUUCACCUGAUUCUCUCCAGCUGGCAGAUCCUUUGGCAGUGCCAACAACUAUCAAGAGAGCCCAUAAACAGGAAGAUUCAAAGUGCAAGUUGCCCAUUCCAUCAAUGAUACCCAUGCACCAGACCAGCAUAGACAAUGCAAGGGGUAUGUGGCAAUCAAAAUGGGUGCAGAAGGCACCAAAGCAGCCUGAUGACAAUGUUACUACUCCUAGUCCCUCCAAGAAAUGUAGGCAAUGUUAG